UGUCAGCCGGCUGUCACCAAGCCAGCCACACCACGCCAAACCAGUCGCCAUAGCCGCAGGGAGCGCCGGAGAAGAAGAUCCCUCUCAAUGGUCGCCAACUCGCCAUAGCCACAGGACACCAGUCGGGUCAAGGCGUCCAAUCCUGCGCGGCCGAGCUUUGCCCAGAGACCAUCAUUGCUCCUCAUCUUUAGUUUUUAGUGGGACUGGGAGGUGGGAAAGAAAGCGGCAAGCAGCCAUCAAAAGAGGCCCCAAAGUUCUUGGUGGCCUAGCUGGAUUGGAUUGAUAUUUGGACGAGUGUUCUUCUUGGCUACCCGCCUACUUCUACUUCGUCUUCUUGUUGGCUGCGCACGGCGCCAGCAGCAUCUCCCCACGGCUACGAGACGAGACAGGCCGUGCGCUUCUUGCCCUAGCCCAUCGAGCAGCAGUUGCAUAUUUGCAGGACACAGGAGGCCACUCUGACUCUGAGCUUCGCAUCACCUGCUGACGGACGCCAUGGGAGAGGUCGCGGACAUGUACACCCAAGACGGGACGGUGGACAGGAAGGGGAAUCCCGCCCUGAAGAAGGACACCGGCAACUGGAGGGCAUGCCCCUACAUCCUCGCGAACGAGUGCUGCGAGAGGCUGGCCUACUAUGGCAUGAGCACCAACCUUGUUCACUACAUGAAGACCCGGCUUGGCCAGGUGAACAGCGUCGCCUCCAACAACGUCACCAACUGGUCAGGGACGUGCUACAUCACGCCACUCAUCGGCGCCUUCUUCGCCGACGCGUACCUGGGGAGGUUCUGGACCAUCGCCAGCUUCAUGGUCAUCUACAUUUUCGGACUGGCGCUGCUGACGAUGGCGUCGUCGGUGAAGGGGCUGGUGCCUACGUCGUGUGACAAUGACGGCGUGUGCCACCCGACGGACGCGCAGUCGGCGGUGGUGUUCGUGGCGCUGUACCUGAUCGCGCUGGGAACGGGCGGGAUCAAGCCCUGCGUGUCCUCCUUCGGCGCCGACCAGUUCGACGAGAACGACGAGCGGGAGAAGAAGAGCAAGAGCUCCUUCUUCAACUGGUUCUACUUCUCCAUCAACAUCGGCGCGCUGGUGGCGUCCACGGUGCUGGUGUACGUGCAGACGCACAUCGGCUGGGGCUGGGGCUUCGGCAUCCCCGCCGUGGUCAUGGCCAUCGCCGUCGUCAGCUUCUUCGUGGGCACGCCGCUGUACAGGCACCAGAAGCCCGGUGGCAGCCCGCUGACGCGCAUCGCGCAGGUGCUCGUCGCGUGCGCGCGCAAGUGGAACGUGGCCGUGCCCGCCGACAAGUCGCGCCUCCACGAGACGCUGGACAAGGAGUCCGGCAUCGAGGGCAGCCGCAAGCUGGAGCACACGGACCAGCUCGCGUGCCUCGACAGGGCUGCCGUCGUGACGGCCGAGGACAGCGCCGCGGGGGCGGCGACGGCGACGAGCCCGUGGCGCCUGUGCACGGUGACGCAGGUGGAGGAGCUCAAGAGCGUGAUCCGGCUGCUCCCCAUCUGGGCGAGCGGGAUCGUGUUCGCGGCGGUGUACUCGCAGAUGAGCACCAUGUUCAUCCUCCAGGGCGACACGCUGGACCAGCGCAUGGGGUCCAAGUUCAAGAUCCCCUCGGCGACGCUCUCCAUGGUGGACACCAUCAGCGUCAUCUUCUGGGUGCCCGUCUACGACCGCGUCAUCGUGCCCGUCGUGCGCUCCUACACCGGCCGUCCCCGAGGGUUCACGCAGCUGCAGCGGAUGGGCAUCGGCCUCGUCGUCUCCAUCUUCUCCAUGGUGGCGGCGGGCGUGCUGGACAUCGUGCGGCUGAACGCCGUGGCGCGGCACGGCCUGUACGGCAAGGACGACCACGUGCCCAUCUCCAUCUUCUGGCAGAUACCGCAGUACUUCAUCAUCGGGUGCGCGGAGGUGUUCACCUUCGUGGGGCAGCUGGAGUUCUUCUACGACCAGGCGCCCGACGCCAUGAGGAGCAUGUGCUCCGCGCUGUCGCUCACCACCGUCGCGCUCGGCAACUACCUCAGCACGGUGCUGGUGACCAUCGUCACGCACAUCACCACCAGGAACGGCAACAUCGGGUGGAUCCCGGAGAACCUCAACCGGGGCCACCUCGACUACUUCUUCUGGCUGCUCGCCGUGCUCAGCCUCCUCAACUUCCUCGUCUACCUCGUCAUCGCCACCUGGUACAAGUACAAGAAGACGGCCGAUGAUAUCCCGGACGCCAAAGGGGAGCACUGAUGGGCAGGGCAGUUGACACUUGACACUACUACAGCAUGAUGGCCGACUCAGUGAACCGAGAUGGCGAAAAUGAAGUGAUUUCUCUCUGUGGUCGUUAGCUGCCGGUUUGUUUUGCCAGAGUCUGUGUGCUUAAACGAUACUUUUAGUUCACUGUAGAUGCCUGGGGCGAAUCCAUUGUUCAGAUGUCAUGUGUUGGUUUUAUAUGCGCAAUGCUCGAUCCCAAUGAUCAUAUCUA